AUGGACGAGUCGGUGAAGUCCGUUUCAACCGUUCUUUGCAAUCAUUCCUUCCACUCUCAAUGUUUGAAAAUAGGAAGACUCCACUUGCCCAGUUUGUCGAUAUACGCAAACUCCGUCGAGUCAGGAAAGCUAAGGGCCUCGUUUGCGGAAACAUUAGCUGCGGGAGAUGCACACAAGAGCACGCUCAGGAGCAUUUCUAGGACACAUCUUCGACAAUCGAGUUUGGGACUACGCUCGAGAUUAUUUCGUCCAUCGACUGGUUACGAACGAAAGCUCCGAGAAAAUCGUAGGGACGAAGGACAAUUCGAAAGAUUUGGAAGCAAAGAUUCAAACCGAGUGAUUGAAACUCUACACUGUAGAGUCUACAGCGUUCAGUUAGAGGAGCAGCGAAAAUACUGGGAAGAAAAGUUGGAAGUAAAUGGCCUUUGCGAACGAAGCUGCCCGCCACCCCGAAAACGACUUCGAUCGGUGACGGAAAAAGCAGUCAAGGCGUUCACGGAGUUGCAGAAUGAGCGCUCGAUGACUCGUAGCAUGGUCGAGACGAGAACCGCGCAAGCGCACGUUUUCACCAGCUUCCUUGCGGCUCGGCUUCGGAUGAGCUCGAAUUCAAUAUGA